CGGAUUCAGUCGCUCUCGAGAGCGUGUCGGAGACGGUUGUGCUUUUUAUUUCGUGCGAGGUUCGUGUAAGAGUUGCUUACCUGUUGAGUGGUUGAUUGGUUCCCCGUUCCUCUCCAUUCCGUUCCUGUGACUUAGUAACGUUGUCAUUACUACAUACAUACACUAAAGGAGGGGUAGUGAUUGAGGAAGAGAGUGUGUGAUGCUAACCGAGUACUGGCAUCAUUAUUAGUGGUAUUAUUUUUUUUUAUUGGGAUUACGAUUAUCGUAUACUACCACCAGCAGUAUACGAGUACCACUACUAACGUUGAUCGCUAUUAAGCCCGCCCGCGGGGGAUAUCGAGGGGACGGAAGAGUUGAGUUAUCUUUUCCGCCAGUGUUUGCUGUCUCCUCCGUCGCAAUAGUUGGAUGCUUUUUGUACCCCCAUCCCUGUGUUUGCGCUGCUCUGUGGAUGCUCUUUACAUUCAAAUUUGUGACGUGUAAGAAUAAGAAAGAAAAAGGAAGCGAAGAAGAGUGAUUCGUGUAAUUGAGGCUAAGAAGAUCGGGCAGAGCGCGAAGGGAAGCAUUGUAAAAAAUCGUCGUCGACAAAAAAAGAGGAAAAAAUCACAAAGUGCACUCCACCGCGAUCGCGCGUAUAAAACAGCAACAAGAGAGAAAAAGUAGAAAAAAGAAGGGUAAGAGGAAAGGGUCAGGUGUAUGUGCGACGCGUUUCUCGUCGCGCGUCUUGCGUAGUGUGUGUUUCUCUGUGUGUGUGUCGAUGUAUGUAUGCCGCGAUAUAACAACGUCGUGGAAUUAGAGAAGAAUAGGCUAAAUGGAUAUAUUCUGCUGAAGACGACGUCGCCGACCGCGCAGGAGAAAGAGGGAUAGAGUGAGAAGGCGAGACGAAUAAAGUGUGAAAUUUGUUCAACCCGGCAACCUGUGGACUGUGGAUUGGACGGACGGUGCGUGGUGCGGUUCGGAUGUUCAAUUAACGGACCUCGCUGGAAAGGAAACACGGCACGAAGACGACGACGACGACGACAACGAUAUCGAAUCUGCUGUGAGGAUACAACGACACGUAGACGAUAAUUAAUUCUCCGAAGUGAAGUGCAGGAAAGACCCUCGCCAGAACCCGAAAUUCGACGCAGAAACAAGCUUCAACUUUCGGGCUCCGGGAAAUCCCCGGCCACAGCCUCAGCGUCAGCAUUGACGUCGAUCGGGGGGUGAUUCGAUUUUUUUUUCGUUUGUUUUGCUCUCGCGACUCGCGUGUUCCAGAGGUACUGCUGCUGAUGGAUUCGACGGAAUACCCAAUACCGAGUUCUCGGGAAUAAUCGAAGGUGAACGAAACCAACGAAGAAGAAGGGUGACAAGAAGACAAGAAAAAAAACAAAACAUCAAAACAAAACAAAAAGAAGCUCGAUCGAGGUGAAGCCCACCGCACUCUUCAACGUGAUUUGAGGAGGAGGAGGUAAAAAAGCGUUUUUUUUCUGUACGAAAUCGAUCGCACCGCUGUUAUAUGCAUCUUGGAAGGAUUCAAUAAAAGCCAAGCUGAAAGUCAUUCCGGGCAGUGGUGCCGCGCUUGCCGCGUUGGGCGCAAUAAGGAAGGAAUGCUACCGGCAGGCGAAGAGUGAUUUUAUUGUCUGUCAGGUCUGAGGGUUGUAAAUUAGUAGGAGGAAUAUACAAAAAAAGGAGGAGAAGAAUCAUCCGCCAGGUGCGCAAUCAGUGUGUGUAUAGAUUUGUGAGUGUGUUUGUAUGUGCGCCGAGUGCUCUCAGUGACCUUAACCUUGCCGUGGAUAGCAAGUUACUUUUGUUGCCAACGGGAGGACUUCGGACGCGCGCGCGUGUGAUCUCAAGGAGGGUUUGGAGUACGCACGCGGGAACACGGAACUCGGUGGAGACACCCGGUGACGGUGAAGGCUUCGCUAACUGCCGGUCAUUACCGCACUAUUGCCGCUGUUACCUCCUUCAUACCAUGGGUACGCAAGGUUGGAGGCGGAAGGAUCAUGAUCGAUGGAAAGCGCUGGGUCGCGGUGUUGGCCGUUGCGUUUCACCAAUGCUAGCGUCCGGUUGGUUCUAUCUACUGCUGGUAACCGCUGGCACGACAUCCACAGUGCGGGCUGAAUCCAAAUUAGAGUUAGGUGGAAUUAUAUUUAGGAAUGAAACCGACGUGCCAUGUCCAUCGGGGACGUUUCGAUGCUCGGAGGGCAAAUGCAUCCCUCAGACAUCGGUGUGUAAUUAUCAGAAGGACUGCGAGAAGGGCGAGGACGAGUUCAACCACUGUCCUCCCCCGGAAUGUGAGCCUGGGCAGUUCAGCUGCGGCCAAUACGUGUUCAACAAGACGUAUUGCAUACCACCGCACUACAAGUGCGACAUGACCGUUGACUGUGUGGACGGGACGGACGAGUCCGAUUGCACGUACCGCAAGUGCCAACAGGAUGACAUCCACUGCGGGACCCCAGCGCAGCCGGUUUUGGUGAACGGGCGCGUUACGGACAUCUGUGUGCCAAAGGAGAAGAAGUGCGACGGUUAUCUGGACUGUCGGACAGGAGUGGACGAGGACGGCUGCCCGGGAACGGCCUGCAGGCUGGACCAGUUCCGAUGUGCCAACGGGCAGCGUUGCAUCGACACCGGACUCAAGUGCAACCACAAGAACGAUUGCGGUGAUAACUCGGACGAGCAGAAUUGCAACUUCCCGCCCUGCCACGGGGGCCAGUUCCGCUGCGCCAAUUCCCUCUGCAUCCCGGCGACCUUCCACUGCGAUGGUUACCAUGACUGUUCGGACGAGAGUGACGAAGCGAACUGCACGGCGAUCGCCUGCCCGGAUAACAAAUUCCUCUGCCCCCGGGGUGGACCCAACGGACAGCCGAAAUGUAUCGCCAAGACGAAGCUCUGCGACGGCAAGCGAGACUGCGAGGAUGGGACCGACGAGGAGACGGCUUGUUCUACCGCAUCCUGUCCGGCCCUUGGAUGCGAGCACAAAUGUGGACCAUCGCUCACCGGUGGCAUCUGCUACUGUCCGCCGGGGCGAACCCUCUCCGCGGAUAACCGAACCUGUAGCGACCUGGAUGAGUGUACCGUUUGGGGACACUGCGAUCAGCUGUGCACCAACACGGAUGGAUCGUUUUCGUGCGCCUGUGCGGUUGGCUACACGUUGAUGGAUAAAUCCCGUUGCGUGGCACCGACCGCGUCCAGCUUGGAGUUGAUUUUCGCAUACGAUCGCGCUAUCGUUCGGAUGAGUUCGCACGGUCAGGACUUUAGAACGAUUGCUAACGCCACAGGAGCGAGUGGUUUGGCGUACCAUUAUGGGCGGAAUCUUCUGUUUUGGUCCGACAUUAAGACCCGAAAGGUUCAAUCGCAGGUUUUGGUUGAUGGGGGUUAUGGGGGUCACGAUUUUACGCUACCCGGAACGUGGGCUCCGGUAGCGAUCGCGAUCGAUUGGAUCGGUGACAAACUGUACGUUGCGGAUUUGGUGGGUCAGAAGGUUGAUGUGUUCGAGCUGGACGGACGAUGGCACGCCGUAGUGUUGGGUUCGAAUCUCACCAGUCCGGCGGAUCUUGCACUGGAUCCAACCUCGGGUCUGAUGUUCGUUGCCGAUGGAAGUCACGUUCUGCGCGCCCAUAUGGAUGGUACACAUGCGAAGUCGAUCGUUUCGGAGGCCGCGUACAAGGCGUCGGGUGUAACGGUAGAUGUGGUGGCGAAGCGAGUGUUCUGGUGCGAUUCGCUGCUGGAUUACAUCGAGUCGGUUAACUAUGACGGCGAAUAUCGGGUGAUGAUUCUCCGUGGUCAACAGGUGCCAAGUCCUUCCCGGUUAGCACUGUUUGAAAAUCGGGUAUUCUGGACGGAUGCCACCAAGCAGGGUAUCAUGUCGGUGGAUAAGUUCGAAGGAUCAUCCAGCAUUCAGUCGAUCUUCAAAGCGAAAGAUAUCCGAGAGCCGAAAGCGAUCAUAGCGGUUCACCCGUUGACCCAACCGAAGGUUUCGAACCCUUGCGGCAAUAACAACGGAGGAUGCUCGCAGAUGUGCGUUGUAACAGCCGUCCAGGGAGCUCCCUCCGGACUGGGCUAUCGUUGUGCGUGUCACACCGGAUGGCAACUGGCCAAGGAUCUGAUGAACUGCCAUUUGGUCCGUCAAUUCCUCAUGUAUUCCCAGCAACGAUUCAUCAAGGGCAAAGUGUUGGAUCCAGUGAUAGAAGGUUUCAGCGAUGCCAUUCUACCGGUUGUGUCCCGCCGAGCUCGUUUCGUGGGUUUGGAUUUCGACGCCGUUGAUGAGCAUAUCUACUACUCGGAUGUCCUCCAGGAUGUGAUCUAUCGGGUUCACCGCAAUGGAACGGGUCGCGAAAUUGUACUCGCCUCGCAGAACGAAGGCGUUGAAGGUCUGGCGGUGGAUUGGGUUUCCAAAAAUCUCUACUACAUUGAUAGUCGCAAGGGAACGUUGAACGUGCUGUCCACCAGAACGGUCAGCUAUAGAAGGACGCUGUUGAAGAACCUCAAACGACCGCGGGCGAUCGUUGUGCACCCCAACAAGGGUUACAUCUACUUCUCGGAGUGGGAUCGACCGGCGAACAUUAGUCGGGCGAAUUCGGACGGUUCGGGGUUGAUUGUGUUCAAGAACGUCACCUUGGGUUGGCCAAAUGGGUUGUCCAUUGAUUUCCGAGAGGAUCGGGUUUACUGGUGCGAUGCACUGCUGGAUCACGUUCAGCACUCGAAUUUGGACGGAACGGAUGUGAAAACGGUGAACUCUCGAUUGAUUCGCCAUCCGUUCUCGAUUGUGAUCCAUGAGGAGUGGAUGUACAUCACGGAUUGGAGACUGGAUGCGAUCGUACGGCUGAACAAGCUGACCGGAGAGCAGGAAGAGAUCAUGGUGCGGGAGCCGCAAACCAAUCGGUUGUAUGGGGUGAAGGUUUACAGUCAUUCGAUCCAGACGAUCGACGCGGCGCAACCAUGUGCGAUCAACAAUGGUGGUUGUGAGAAGUUGUGCUUCGCUGUUCCCAGGAACAGCUCCAACGGGCUGACGGUGAAGUGUGGCUGUCCGUACGGGGAACGAUUGGGUGAUGAUGGUCGGAGUUGUUUCUCGGAUCCGAACGCCGAGCCUCCAGUUCAAUCGUGUCCGAACACGUGGGACUUUACUUGCAACAACCAGCGAUGUAUUCCGAAGAGUUGGAUCUGUGACGGAGAUGACGAUUGCCUGGACAACAGCGACGAGGAGCAGAAUUGUACAAAGCCAACCUGUGGAACGAACGAGUUCCAGUGCAAAUCGGGCCGAUGCAUUCCGUUGAACUUCCGGUGCGAUCACGAGAAUGACUGCGGUGAUCACUCGGAUGAGUUCGAGUGUGGAAACGUGACGUGUGCCGCUUCGCAGUUCGCUUGUGAGAAUGGUCGCUGCAUCCCGAACAUUUGGAAGUGCGACAGCGAGAACGACUGUGGCGAUGGGUCGGACGAGGGUGAUUUCUGCGCGGAGAAGACCUGUGCGUACUUCCAGUUUACGUGCCCCCGGACGGGUCAUUGCAUACCGCAGAGUUGGGUUUGCGACGGAGAUGACGAUUGCUUCGACAAGCAGGACGAGAAGGAUUGUCCACCGAUUACGUGUCUGGCGAAUCAGUUUAAGUGUAACGAUCUGCGGCAGUGUGUUGAGGAAACGUACAAGUGCGAUGGGAUUCCGGACUGUAACGAUGGGAGUGAUGAGUUGGGAUGUCCGACAAUGGAACCAAACCAGUGCAAUAUGGAGAAACACUUCAGGUGUCGAUCCUCGGGGGUUUGUAUACCCGUCGCGUGGCAUUGUGAUGGUUCAAAUGAUUGCGAAGAUCACUCGGAUGAGGAGGAAUGUGGGAAGAUCACUUGUCCAAACAAUUUCUACAAGUGCAAAAACUCCAAGUGUAUCUACAAAUCGUACAUCUGCGACGGAAAGGAUGAUUGUGGCGACGGUUCCGAUGAAGGAGUUGAGCAUGCUUGCAUAACUCCGCCGUUGAGAUGUCCGCAUGGUCAAUGGGCUUGUCCAGGAAUCACCGGACGAUGCGUGAAUCUCACUUCGGUUUGUGACGAUGUGGAAGACUGUCCCAAUGGUGCUGAUGAGGGGUUGGGUUGCGACUUGGCUCAGUGCCAACAUCAAUCGGGUCUAUGUUCCAACGGUUGCCAGAAAACUCCGCUUGGGGCGCUCUGUAUUUGUCCACCGGGAGAAGAACUUGCUUCGGACAAUUUCACCUGCAAAGAUCUUAACGAAUGCGACCCACCGGGACUUUGUUCCCAGAUCUGUACGAACACCAAGGGAUCAUACUUUUGCUCCUGUACCGAUGGGUACAUUUUGGAACCCAACAAACAUUCCUGCAAAGCGGUGAACCACUCUUCGGCCUUCCUAAUCAUCUCCAAUCGACACUCGAUCUUGGUGGCGGACCUGAAUGAGCAAGGACUCGAGCGGGUACCGAUCAUCGUGGAGAAUGUGGUCGCCACCGCUUCCAACAUGCACACGGGAACGAUCUUCUGGAGUGACAUGAAGCUGAAGAAAAUCUCCCGACUAGAUCGGGGCCAAGAACCUCAGGAGAUAAUAUCUACCGGGUUGGAUCUGGUGGAAGGUCUCGCGUAUGAUUGGAUCGGCCAAAACCUCUACUGGUUGGAUAGUAAACUCAACACGAUCGAAGUCUGCAGCGAGAAUGGUUCGAAUCGCUUAGUCCUGGUGCGAGAGAACAUCACCCAGCCCCGUGGUAUGUGUCUCGAUCCAAGUCCAAACGCCAAGUGGCUUUUCUGGACCGAUUGGGGGGAGAAUCCCCGCAUCGAACGUAUCGGUAUGGACGGAACCAUGCGUGAAACCAUCAUCAACACCAAGAUCUAUUGGCCCAACGGACUGACCCUGGAUAUUUCCACCCAAAGGGUGUACUUUGCGGACUCGAAGCUGGAUUUCAUCGACUUCUGCUACUACAAUGGAACCGGUCGCCAGCAGGUGCUGGCCGCGAGCCACUAUCUGCUGCAUGCCCACUCGCUGUCCCUCUUCGAGGACACUCUCUACUGGACCGAUCGUCAGCUGAAUCGGGUUCUGUCGGCCAAUAAGUUCCGCGGAAACAAUCAGACCGUUGUGAGUCACCUGAUCUCGCAGCCUCUCUCGAUUCACGUGCAUCACCCGUCGUUGCAGCCCAUGUACGAGAGUCCUUGCAAAGGCGCCACAUGUCAGCACAUUUGUCUGUUGAGUCCCUCGGAGAAAACUGGGUACGCGUGCAAGUGCAAACCGGGCUACAAACUGGUCGGCGAUGGGAAGUGCGUGGAGGAGGAGAACGCCUUCCUGAUGGUGCUCAGGGGUAACCAGAUCGUGGAUGUGCCGUUCAACGGGGGAGAUAUCCGCGCGGGAAGCCUCAUUCCGGUGGUGGGGAUCGAGAGUGGAAUCAGUCUGGAUUACGAUCGGAAGGGUGAGACGUUGUUCUGGGUGCAGGGUAAGGAGGACGACGACGAGAACUGUACGAUCUUCACCAGUCCUUACGGUGGUGGAAACAAGACGGAGUUUUUGGGCGCCGAUAGCGGACUCGUCGGAGCGGCUUAUACCAUUGCGUUUGAUUGGAUCGGAAGGAAUCUGUAUAUUGGGAACAGGAUCGCUGGUAACAUCGAAGCGAUCAGUGUCGAUGGGAAGGUUAAGUACAGGACUGUGGUUCUGGUGAACGAUGGCAACAGCACUUCGGUUUCGAAACCCAAACAGAUCGUGUUGGAUCCGACCAAUGGGAAGUUGUUCUGGAUAGAUGAGGGUGGUUUUGGAGUACCGACGAAGGUAGCGAUGGCCAAUAUGGACGGUUCAAACCCGUCUAUUUUGGAUGACGCAAUUCAAUACCCGGAAGCGAUCACGGUGGACAUCGAGAAGCGUACGGUUUACUACAGCUCCCAGCAUCCGCCGGCGAUAAUGUCAAUCGAUUAUGACAAAAACAACAAGAAGACUAUCCUCAGCGAAGAACACUCAAUCGCCAAGCCAAGAGGCUUAGGAGUGUUGGAAUCGAGACUGUACUUCAUGGACCCAACGUACGAAAAGAUUGUCCGGGUGGACCUCCCCAACGGGGACAACGCCAAAACAAUUCUGGACAACGAACCCGACCUGAAGAAUAUGGUCAUCUACAAGAAACGAUCGAUGCUACAGCAUCCGUGUAUGAUGAGCAACGGAGGGUGCGAGCAUAUCUGUAUUCCCCACGAGAAUGGAGCGCGUGUUUGUGCCUGCGGCAUGGGUUACAAGAAAGAGAAUGAAGUGGCGUGCACUCCGUUCAAAACCUUUGCGGUGGUAUCUCAACUGGACAUGACCCGAGGCUACAGCUUGAAGGACAGUUCGGAGGCAAUGGUACCAAUCACGGGACCUGGGCAUCACAUCUUGCACGUCGAUAUUCUCUAUCGUGAAUCUUGGAUCUAUUGGGUUGAGUAUAAUCGUGGUCACUGGAACGGUAUAUUCCGGGUUCGACCAAAUGGCACCGAGCUGCAGAACAUCAUCAAAGACGGCAUCGGAAGCAAUGGAAUCCGUGGUAUCGCCAUCGAUUGGGUCGCCGGAAAUAUGUACUUCACCAAUGUGUUUCCCCAUGAGAACUACGUCGAAGUCAGUUGGUUGGACGGAACGCAUCGGAAGAUCAUCGUAAAAACCACCAACGAUGCACCUCGUGAGCUAGCUGUGAACCCAAUCAAACGUCUGCUCUACUGGAUCGAUUAUGGUCAAUAUCCCCGAAUCGGAAAGUGCUACCUAGAUGGAUCGAACUGGACUCCGGUUGUCACUUCGGGUAUCUCAAAUCCAAGAGAUCUAACCGUCGACAUGUUGACCCAUGAUGUGUACUGGGUUGACUCCAAGCUGGAUAUGAUCCAAAAGGUGUCCUACAGUGGCGGUAAUCGGCAGGUUAUUCGUCGUAACCUUGCCAACCCGAUGGCAAUCGCGGUGUUCCUAACCGACAUCUACUGGGUCGAUCGUAACUUGCUGACCGUGUUCAAGGCCUCCAAAUUCCCUGGCAACACCACACUCCCGACCAAGGUCCGCACCAAUAUCCAGAAGCUGCGCGACAUCGCCAUCUACGACAUCAACAACCAACCGAUGGACGACAGCAAUCCUUGUCUGCGGCUCGGAAACGGCGGUUGCGAUCAGCUGUGCUUCAGUUUCCCCCCGGAAUACAACCAAAAGCCAAGCUUCAAGUGUGAUUGCUCCAUCGGGCGACUGUCGACCGACGGUCGACGAUGCGAGCUGACCGAUGAGUACGUGGUGUUCUCAACCCGUACCGAAAUCCGUUCCGUAGAGCUGGAUCCCACCUCGACCAACAUCCCCUUCGCACCGGUCGUCAAUCUGACCAACGUCGUUGGACUGGACUUCGAUUACGCCGACAACAAGCUGUUCUUCACGCAAAUUCGCCCCUGGGCUAAGAUCGCUUACACCAAGGGUGACAAACCGGAGACGUCCAACAUCACGCCGGUCAUAAGCCGCGGCAUCAAUCCGGAGGGGAUCGCCUACGAUUGGACGCAGAAGAAGAUCUACUGGACGGACAGCUCGAACAAUUCGAUCUACGCGAUGAACCUGGACGGAUCGGAUUUGGUUAUGAUCGCUCGGGUCGAGCGGCCACGAGCGAUCGUGCUGGAUCCGUGCAACGGUACGUUGUACUUCACCGAUUGGGGAAGAUUUGGAACCUCGGGUAAGAUCUUCCGGACGACUAUGGCGGGAUCGUUGAAACGAUCGAUCAUCGACAAGGACCUCUCGCAACCUAGCGGGCUGGCUAUCGAUUAUGACGAGAGGAUGCUCUACUGGACAGACGCGGUGCGGGAGAAAAUUGAACGAUCAAAGCUGGACGGAAAGAAUCGUGAAGUGUUGGUAUCGGCCACGAUCUAUCCAUUUGCGAUCACCGUGUUCAGAAACUACAUCUACUGGACGGAUCUUCAGUUGCGAGGGGUGUACCGAGCGGAGAAGCAUACCGGGGCGAACAUGAUCGAGAUGGUGAAACGGCUGGAGGACUCGCCACGGGAUAUCCACGUUUACAGCCACAGUAGACAGCAGUGUCAGGCAAACCCGUGUCUGCAGAACAAUGGCGGCUGUGCUCAAAGCUGCCACCCGGGGCUGAACGGGAAGGCAGAGUGUAAGUGUGACGAUUCGACGAAACCGGUUAACGAGGGAAGAAUGUGCGCACCGAAGAAUCACACUUGCGACUCGAGCAAAUUCUACUGUCAGAAUGGUAAGUGUAUUUCGAGAAUGUGGUCCUGCGAUGGGGAUGAUGAUUGCGGAGAUAACUCGGACGAAGAUGUGAAUUACUGUGCGUUCCACUCGUGUGGACCCAACGAGUUCCGGUGUAACAACGGGCGAUGCAUCUUCAAAUCGUGGAAGUGUGACCACGAGAAUGAUUGUAAAGAUGGUUCGGACGAGGAGAACUGCUCGUACCCGCCUUGUGUUGAUGGAGAGUUCACCUGCCUCAAUGGUAGAUGUAUUCCGCAGAGCCAGGUUUGCAACGGAGUGAACGAUUGUAAGGAUAAUGCAACGUCCGAUGAGACCCACGACCGGUGUCCGACGAAUACGACCUGCCCUGCUAACCACCUGAAGUGCGAGAAGACAAACAUUUGCGUUGAACCAUACUGGCUGUGCGAUGGCGAUAAUGACUGCGGGGAUAACUCCGACGAGGAUCCGCUACACUGUGCCCAAAGGACUUGUCCGCAGAACAGCUUCCGUUGUCCGAAUCACCGCUGCAUUCCUGCUACGUGGUACUGCGAUGGAGAUGACGAUUGCGGCGAUGGAGCCGAUGAACCUCCGGAGUACUGCAAAUCGGAGGGAAGAACUUGCUUCGGGGAUUUGUUCACGUGCGACAACGGGAACUGUAUUCCACGGAUUUACAUCUGCGACGGGGAUAACGAUUGUCUGGACAACAGCGACGAGGAUAACCGGCAUCAGUGUAACGAUAGGAAGUGCGACGAGGAGACGGAGUUCACCUGCCAGGAGAAUAAGGCCUGGGCAAGGGCCCAAUGUAUUCCGAAGAAGUGGAUCUGCGAUGGGGAUCCGGAUUGCGUGGAUGGGGCGGACGAGAACACUACGCUGCACAACUGUCCGAAGCCGCAGCCUUGCAGUGAUGAUCAGUUCUCGUGCGAGAAUGGCAGAUGUAUCAAUAAAGGAUGGGAGUGCGAUCACGACAACGAUUGUGGUGACGGAUCGGACGAGGGUAAGAAUUGCAGCAGUCACUACAAGACCUGCUCGACGCAGGAAUUCACCUGUCAAAACUUCAAGUGCAUCCGCAAUCAGUACCGCUGCGAUGGGGAAGACGAUUGCGGUGAUCAUUCGGACGAAGUUGGCUGUAAGAAGGAGAACAAUACGUGCCCCGAGGGCAAGUUCACUUGCAACAGUGGUCAGUGCAUUGAUUAUCAGCUGGUUUGCAACAAGAUUCCGGACUGUUCGGAUGAAUCCGACGAACCGCUGCACUGCAACGUGGAUGAGUGUGCCAAGGUGGAAAUUCAUCGCUGCGGUCACAAGUGCGUGGACACGCUUACAGGAUACUACUGCGAUUGUAAUCAAGGUUACAAGCUGCUAGAAGAUGGUAAGGCUUGUGCCGACAUCGAUGAGUGCGUGGAGACUCCGGUUGUCUGUUCGCAGCACUGCUCCAACACACCCGGCGGGUACUACUGCAAGUGCGAUGAUCGCUACUACGAGCGACAGAACGACGAACAUACGUGCAAGCGGAAGGAUAACAUCGAACCGUGGUUAAUCUUCAGCAAUAAAUACUACGUCCGCAAUAUGUCCGUCGACGGUCGGCAGUACAAUCUGAUCCAUCAGGAUCUGAUGAAUGUGGUGGCGAUCGAUUUCGAUAUGAAGGACCAAGAGAUGUACUUCUGUGACGUGACAGCAAAGACUAUUUUCAAAUCCAAGUUCGGCUCGAUCAUGGAUGACGUGGUGAUUGAGAAGGUCCCGGUCAUCAAGCACGACUCGCACGGACUCGAGGGCAUCGCGGUGGAUUGGGUCGGUCGUAAACUCUACUGGUUGGAUAGACAUUCGAAGAAUCUAGAUGUGUCCGAGUUGGACGGAACGAGACGAAAAACACUAAAGAGCGGAGUGGUCGAUCCGAGAGCGAUCGUUGUGCAUCCCGGCAUCGGGUAUCUGUACUUCACCUCGUGGCACCUGCAAGCCUAUAUAGCCAAAAUGGGUAUGGAUGGUUCGAACUUUACGCGCAUCCUUACGUGGGAAGAUGACAUUGCGUGGCCAAACGCGCUAACGAUCGAUUACUUCACCGAUCGAAUCUACUGGGCAGAUGCUCAUCUGGAUUACAUUGCAUUCGCCGAUCUCGAGGGUCACCAUAGACACGUGGUUCUGUCCGGAAGCAAGGUUCCUCACAUUUUUGCACUGUCGAUCUUCGACGAUAUGCUCUACUGGACGGACUGGAACCUGAAGGCCAUCAUCCGGGCGAACAAAUUCUCCGGGGAGAAUUUCACCGUCAUUCGGAACACCACUCACAGACCUUACGAUGUCCACAUCAGCCAUCCGCUGAGACAAAUCCCGUACAACAAUCCCUGUGGCUCCACCAACGGUGGAUGUACCCAUCUCUGUCUGCUCGCUCCGCCACUGGAGUCUACCUAUCUCAACGUCGAAGGUUACAUCGAGGAGGGAGCCCCAAGCUACAAGUGUGCCUGCCCGAACCAGUUCUAUCUGGCGCGUGACAUGAAGACUUGUAUCGCGAACUGUACGACAGGGCAGCAUCGCUGCGGCGGCACGGAUGAGAAGUGUAUCCCAUGGUUCUGGAAGUGCGACGGAGAACCCGACUGUAAGGACAAAUCCGAUGAGCCGGAGUCUUGCCCGGCUCGGCACUGUCGGGCUGGAAUGUUCCAGUGUGGUAACGGGAACUGUACGCCCUCGACGACGAUUUGCGACGGUAUGGAUGACUGUGGGGAUGGCAGUGACGAGCAGAACUGUGAUCUGCCGUGUCCCGUUUCGGACUUUAAGUGCAGCUCGAGUGGACGGUGUAUUCUGGACAGCUGGAAGUGUGAUGGGGAUUCGGACUGUAAGAAUGGCGACGAUGAGGAUCCGGAGAUUUGUCAUAAACGAGCAUGCGAUCCCGAGACGGAGUUCAGCUGCAAGAACGGACGCUGUAUUCCGAAGCUGUGGAUGUGUGACUUCGAUAACGAUUGCGGGGAUGAUUCGGACGAGCCGGCUUACAUGUGUCGCCAGAGAAACUGUACCACCGGAUGGUCCCGGUGCCCGGGACAGUCUAACUACCGCUGCAUUCCCAAGUGGCUGUUCUGCGACGGUAAGGAUGACUGCCGGGAUGGAAGCGAUGAGUUGCCGGAGAACUGCCCCAAGUGUAACACCGAGACGGACUACAAGUGCAACAACAAUCGCUGCAUUCCGAAACAAUGGAUGUGUGACUUCGCGGACGAUUGCGGGGACGGUAGCGACGAAAUGGAUGUCCACUGUAAGGGCAAGUAUCGCGAAUGUUCGGAGUCGGAGUUCCGCUGUGACAACGGCAAGUGCAUCUCGAGCCGCUGGCGUUGUGAUCACGAGGAUGACUGCGGUGAUAACAGCGAUGAGUUCCGCUGUGAAGGAUUCCAGUGUAAGGCCGGUGCGUUCCAGUGCGCCUCCGGACACUGUAUUGCUUCCUAUUUCCGUUGCGAUGGCGAUCGUGACUGUCGGGAUAUGUCCGAUGAGAUUGGCUGUCCGCCGAGAUUCCCGGGAGGGCGGUACUGUCCGGACUCGAGGUUCCAAUGUGCGAACAAUCUGUGCGUGCUGCCGUCGGAUCUGUGUGACGGUGCGGAUGACUGCGGGGACAAUUCGGAUGAGGCCGCUUCGGUUUGUACGAACUUCAACUGCGAUACGCUGCGUAGAUUCCAGUGUGCGAACCAUCGGUGCGUUGCCAAGUAUCAGAUCUGUGAUGGGGUCGAUAACUGUGGGGAUGGGUCGGACGAGAACAAUAUGACGUUGUGUGCAAUGCGCCAGAAGCCUUGCGAUCUGUACACGCAGUAUCAGUGUGCGAACAAGAAGUGUAUCGAACGGUCGCAAAUUUGCGACAUGGCAGAUGACUGCGGAGAUCAAUCGGACGAACUGGGAUGCCAUCACACGAGCACUUGUACGGCUUUGACGAAGGGUGGCUGUGAACAUCACUGUAUGAACUUGACCGACGGAGGGUAUAUUUGUGCAUGCUAUCCAGGGUUCAUAAUCGACGCGGAAAACAAGAAACACUGUCUGGAUAUCGACGAGUGUGCUACCGAGACUCACAACUGUUCGCAACUUUGCACGAACAUCAACGGAACGUAUGAAUGCUCGUGUCGAGAAGGUUUCCGACUAUCGGAUGCAGUUUCUGGAGUUUGCAAAGCGCUUAAGGACGAUGUCACGGUAGUUUUCAGCAGCGGUCCGGAGAUUCGUGCGUACGAUCUGAAGGUUAACAAUCAGUUCGAUGUGAUCGGGGGCGAGAAGCGGAUAGAAUCGAUCGAUUACAAUCCGGAAACCCAGAUGAUCUUCUGGGCUGACAGCAACGACAAGACGAUCAAGCGAAGCUACAUGGUGAACGCGGUGAAUGGUGAGGCCAAGAUUGGCUACGCACAGGAUUUGAACAUGAAGGGUAACUCGAAACCAACGGCCCUGGCCGUUGAUUGGGUGGCCGAUAAUCUGUACUGGGCUGAGACGGAUCGUACCGGAUCGAAGCCUCGGGGAAGAAUCAUGGUGGCGAAAACUGACGGCCGAUAUCGUAGGGCACUGGUGAAUGCAGGCCUUGAGAUACCGACCUCGAUAGCGGUCGACCCACAGUUGGGUCGCAUGUUCUGGGCGGAUGCCGGUUCGGCACCGAAGAUUGAGGUUUCCUGGAUGGAUGGCUCCAAGAGGCGUCCGUUGAUCACGGAAGCCAUUCGGCACCCGGCAGGGUUGACCAUUGACUAUUCCCAAGAUCACAUGGUUUAUUGGGUUGACACGAAAUUGAACACGAUUGAAAUUAUGAAACCGGAUGGAUCCAGUCGAAGGUCGGUGGUGAAAGGCGACAAUCUGAAGCAUCCAGUUUCGCUCGAUGUCUUCGAAUCGUAUCUCUAUUGGAUCACCAAAGACUCCGGGGAACUGUUCCGGCAGGAUAAAUUUGGCCGGGGAGUACAAGUGGCGAUCCAGAGGAGUCUCACCAAUCCAUCCAGUUUGAAGGUGUACCACGAGCUGCGCUACAACACGACGCUGAACAAUCCAUGCUUCAAAAAUCCGUGCUCGCAUCUGUGUCUGCUCGUGCCGGGCGGAAGACGUUGCGCUUGUCCGGACAACACUGUCCAGCAGGUUUCGCAUAGAAGCACAGCCGAAAUGGUGUGUGAUGCACCCGCCGAACGUCCUCGACCUUCCCCAAGGAUUUGUCCCUGCCAGAAUGGAGGUCUCUGCAAGGAGGAUGACAGCGGAAAUGAUUUGAUCUGCGAGUGUCUGGAAGAUUUCAGCGGAACCCAUUGCGAGCUGUACAGUGAACGAAUGUUCGGAUCCAACCCGGGAAGCGCCGCGGCGAUCUAUAUCCCGAUCCUGGUUGCCAUUCUUGUGGCGGCCACGAUAGGGCUGUACUUCAUCAUCAAAAAGAGGCCUUUCGGCAAACCAAGCCUGACAUCCUCCCAGAGCGUAUCCUUCCGACCGGGAACGAACGUCGAGUUCAACUCGCCCGACUUCCCAUCCAAUCGACCCGCGACGGGGGUGAUUCCGGCAGGUGGUGGUGUGGCCCCGCUGGAUGGUUACAAUCUGGACACACUGAACAAUAAAACCACGGACUUCAGCAAUCCGAUGUACGACGCGGUACAAUCCGGUACGAACGAUCCGAACAUCGGCAAUGGAUCAGGAAUCUACGAAGUGCCAGCCGACGUCGGAUCGAAAGGCGCCAAAGGAACACCCGCACCCGCGCCGGGGCUCUUCACGGAAUCGGUUUCGGCCAUCCUUGCGCCCAGCAGUAUAACGCACCGCACGUCACCGCAGCUACAGCUUCGCCCCAAGGAGCUGAAUCCGUCGUCGCACGACACCGGCAAGGACACCCAGCUGCUGGUGGAGGAGGACAAAUCGGAAUGUUGAUAGGUAAAAUAACAGACUGUGAGAGUGGGAAGGAAUCUGAAUCAUACACAUACACAUACACAUCACGUACACAAUCACAAGCACACACGCACGCACAAAGAGCAGAAAGGAAAUCGAAGCAUGCUGAGCAAAACGUGUGUGUCAGUGCAGUUUAUAUUUAUAUCAUUACUAUUUUUUGUUGUUGAUUGGAGCCAAGCUCAAACGAGUUGGAGGCGAGCCGGAAGUGGCUCAGACCACUCAGACGAUCGAAUCUUGUGAGAGAAAAACAUACACGCAAAAGCAUUCCUGGUUGAGAGUUUUCUAAUUAAAAAAAAUAUAUGUAUUUAUGCAAGAGAACAGAGAGCUAGUAAGUGAGGCGCUUUAUGUUUUGGGGAAAAGAGAGAGAGAGUUUUGUACAUAGAUUCUAAAUGUAGUAUCGUUAUUUUUUCAAAAUGAUAUUAAUGUAUAGUACAGGAGAGUUGAAGGAGAAGAAAUUUGAUGCAAUCAACUGAAAAGAAACAAACGCACAUUCACAUCACACCGUUUAAGAGUCACCUUUUAAAAGGUUUUUUAAAACACGACCAUAACCACAAUAUCCAUGAAAUGAAAAUUUUAAGACAUGUAGUUGGUUUUAAAAGAAUUGUAACAUUCGAUGACUGAUCGUGCAAUGGUGGAGCGGAGAUGAGACAGAUCUUGUUAUUUUAGUUAACGUUAACUAUUCCAUGGGGAUACAGAACGAGUGUUUUAAACAAACAGCAGCCUUAUAGGGAACUAUACAAGCCGAAAUCCUAAUACUAGGUGUUAUGAAAACGAAUAUUUAUCUGAAAAAGUGAUAUAAGAAAAGAUCUAAACAGCUAAACACACUCACCAAGCAGCCAAUCCGUCCAAAAGAAGUAAACAUUCCAAAUUGCAUCCUUUAUAUCCCCCCACUAGUGUAGAAGCAGAGAGCGCUAGACGGAUACAUCAAACAAAUAGACAAUAAAUAGAAAACACAAGAACUGAAACAAAUAUUGCACAUGAAAAAAAAACAAAUAAGAACCAACAAAAGAUAAUAACAACAACAAACAAUGAAGCGCAUAAUAACAGCAAACAAUAAUUAAUUGUUAAUCAAGUCGUGUAACUGAAAGUGAGUGAUUUCCUAAUGUUAGUGAGAACCAAACUGAUACCGAACGUUCGUGUGUUUUGGGGGCAUGAGAAGAAGAAACUUAUCAGAUCAGAUAUAUGCAUACUGUACAUCAUUUACCGUGUAAUACACACUCAAUGGUGUGGUGGAACGCAAAAGCAAUAUUGAAACGGAGGGGAAACAGUUUCUAGACAGAGACGCAAAACAGAGAUAAUUAUUUUAUAGAACUGUUUUAUUAAAAAUAUUUUAGAGAUACCGA